CACACGGAGCUAUGGCGGCUGCUGUGUCCGUUAGCAGAGCUGCCGGAGAGGAGGCGUGCUGCGCUGGAACUAGCGCCACUACCCGUCCGCUUUAUGAGAACUAUGAUCAAGCCAAGAUAGAAAACUGGGCUGCCGAGAAACGCAGAGACUCCGAGGCCGACCCGCAGUACGAAGAGUCGGCUGCAGGGAGUGACUUUCCGCGCAGGGCUGAGGAUGAGCUGACAGCGCUCAGCCCGGAGGAAAUCGCUAGUCGGCUGGAGAGAACUCGAAGAGAGUUUUACAACCGCCGCAAAAUCAUCAUUAAAAAUCUCCCUGCUGACGUCACCAACCAGGAGGUACACGAGCUGUUAAGAAACUAUGACCUGAAGUAUUGCUUCGUGGACAAGUACAAAGGCACAGCUUUUGUGACUCUGCUAAACGGUGAGCAGGCCCAGUGCGCGAUCAAGGAUUUCCACCGGCACGUCCUGCGUGAUCGGGAGAUCUCCGUGCAGCUGCAGCCCACAGAUGCCCUGCUGUGCAUCGCCAACCUCCCACGGGCCUUCACGCAGCAGCAGUUCGAGGAGCUGGUGCGGCCCUUUGGCAACUUGGAGCGUUGUUUCUUGGUGCACAGUGCGUGCACGGGCCACUCCAAGGGCUACGGCUUCGUGGAGUACAUGAAGAAGGACUCAGCCGCCCGGGCCAAAUCGGAGCUGUUGGGUAAACAGCUCGGCUCGCGCAUGCUGUACGUGCACUGGACUGAAGUGGGAUCGCUGACGUACACCAUGCUGCACUCACGCUGCCUCUGCGUGGACCGCCUGCCCCCCAGCCUCCUGACUGCUCAGGAUCUGCUGAACGCCCUGGCUGACACGCCGGAGCCCAUCUUCUGCCAGCUCGCUCAGGGACAAGAUGGCAGUUUUCGGCGAUUUGCCAUUUUGGAAUACUCCACGCCAGAGAUGGCAGAAGAGGUGCAGCGAUUAACUGAUGGACGGACUGUAGGUGGUAGCCCUGUUCGCAUGUCCUUCUGUGCUCCUGGACCUCCAGGCAGGAGCAUGCUGGCAGCACUUAUCGCUGCACAGACUCUGGCUAUAAACCGAGGAAAGGGUCUACUUCCCGAACCUAGUGCCAUGCAAAUACUCUCGAGUUUGAGCAACCCGGCGACACUGAAAUUGCUGCUGGCUCCUCUCAAUCAAGGACACAAACAAGGUCUGCUCGGUGCAGCCCCAGCGAUGCCACUGCUCAAUAACCCCGCUCUCUCCACCGCUCUGAUGCAGCUGCUGCUUCAGAACCAAGUCCAGCAGCAAGCCUUUCUAGGAAACCCUCUUCUUUGGGCACAGGUUCUGCACAGUACAGAAAGCCGUCUGCCCCCCAGUGCUGGACUGCUCGGUGAAAACCCUCUGGCUGCUCUCCCUCUUCAACACGGCGUGAACAUGCUGGGAGAUCUGCCUCAUGGUGCCAUGGCUCCUGGCUUGGGCAUGCAAACGGAUCCUUUAGGCCCCAUAAAGCCCCCGUCCCUGGGCCGGACACUCGGGAGGGAGCCGGAGUCCGCGACUGCACCGAAUGGUUUUCUCACAAACCCUUCUCCUGCAUUACAGGGCCUGGGUGUUCCACUUCUGGGGAGUGUGCUAGGAGCAGAUGGGUCCACACUUCCCCCGGCAUCUUUAUUAGGAGAGCCACCCAAAGAGAUCGGAGUGUCCUCGAACCCCUUUCUGAAUUCACCCAGUAUAUUCCCCUCCUCUGCUGCCAACUCCAGGCUCCACCCAUACAGGAAGAGACCAAUGCUAGGUGGCAUGGCUAACCAGCGGUCCUUCCAGAGCAUCCACUCUAAUUAUAACCUGCGCUGCCAAGACUCGUAUGAUUUCCCGGCAGUACACCAGGACCCGGUCUCUCACCUGUACGAGCAGCUGGAGACUCUGGACAGCACUGGACAUCUGGCCUUUGGAGCUCAGCACUCGAGACACGGCGCUAUCAGGGAGAGAACGUCUCCCUUCGCUUACCCGUCUAGCCCUCCUGCCUCCUCCUACUUUGGCUUUGGUGCUCCUGGGAGUAUGCCCUCCACCCAGCUCAAUAAGGCUGUGGGAAUGCCUCCCAUGACUCACUCCAGCGUUUACUCUGCUGCUCCUGGAGGUGGAACUAAGACUCCCGUAGGAGGACAGAAGCGUCUCUUCUCGCGCCUGAUCCCGUCUCCAGAGCCCAGUCCAGAGGGCGGCUACGUGGGUCAGCAUUCUCAGGGGCUCGGGGGUCACUAUGCUGACUCCUACCUGAAACGGAAGCGCAUAUUUUAACCCCCUUGCUCAUUGGUGCCGUAGUUGACCCUUGCUGGUGGUCAGUGAGGGACCGAAAGUGUGUGUGUGUGUGUGUGUGUGUGUGUGUGUGUGUGUGUGUGGGGCGCGUUUGGGAAUCCAGGAUCCGGGAAACCUCCUGUGUUAACCUGUUCCGUGAAUGAUUUCAGUGCGCAUGUAAAUUAUUUUUAUUUCCUUAUUUUUUUUUUCAUUUUAACUCCUUUAAUUUAAUUUGCUUUUUUUAAGUUUUCUUUCAUUAACGCUAAGACCACAGGUACCUCACAAAGGAAACAUCCCCUUCCUCCCUUUUUUCUUUCUUUUUCUUAAUCCGACUCCCCUUUGAUUAACUGUUCUGUAUAUAGUUGAGUAGCAUUCAUGAAUAGAGUCCUGAAUAGGGUCAUGGUGUGUGUGUGUGUGUGUGUGUGUGUGUGUGUGUUCGUCGUGUGUCCCAGCAGCGGUACCGGUAGCUGCUCUGUUCUUUUGCGUCACCGUGUUCUGAUCUGUAUUUCAGCGUUGAAGCUGUCCUGGCCCCCUUCCCACUCUCUCAUCACAAGUCCAGGUUUCCUGCACGAAGUGUUGCGUGUUGCACUUAGAGGAUGCGAGUCACAUGAAAUUUUUGCCUCCCUCAUUGUCCUUUCCUCUCUAGCCAUUUUGUUUCGUCUUCUCAUGGUUUCCUUUUUUCUCUCUUCCCAGUUCUGUCUGUAGUUUUGCUGUACCCCACCCUGAUCUCCACUCAGUACUAGCCCCUGUACUGCCAGCAGAAGGAGCUGGUUAGCUUUGAGGAAAAGUGCUUUAUCUCAUGUGCCUGGUUUGCUUUUUUCUUUUUUUUUAAAAAAAAAAUAAUUUUAGCACUGGAACAGCUGAGUCUGGAGCAGGCCGGACCUGUGCUCAAACAUGAUGGUUCUUUUUUGUUGUUUUGUUUUUUUUUCCUCUCUCCCUUUUUUUUUUUUUUUUUUUUUUUUUUUUUAAAUUGCUGUUACUGCUGUAACUGUACCAGCUCCAUCUUGACUCCUGGAUGGGAGGAGUUCUCACUGACUAGAACAUGGCUGGAUUACGAGUAGCAGAUCUGUGACUUGCUUAAUCUGCCUGACCUUUCGAUUGUGGACACUGAAUAUCUCUAGCAUGCUGCAAUUCAUGAUCUACAAAUGGCUCUCGUCGUCUAAACUGCUGACGUGUCGAGUGUAAUCUCUCCCACACACUCUCUUGAACCUACAGACUAGUGUGGUAUCAUAAAGAACCAAAUGGACUUCAUCUGUAAAAUGACCGCUUUAGCAAGCUCACCAUCGUUUGUACAGAACUUGUGUACUACUUUGAGAUUUUUGGACUCGUAUUAUAUAUAUUUUUUUUUUCUUUAUCGAGUCUGUAAUUAGAUCAGAAAUGCUGCUGUAUUUGUUUUUUUUUGUUGUUUGUUUUUUUUUGAGUGAUUUUUGCAGCAUCUUUUCAUGGAGUUUACAUAUGCUAUAUGGACUAGUGUGGUAUCAUGGAGAACCAAACAGACUUCAUCUGUAAAAUGACUGCUUUAGCAAGCGCACCAUCGUUUGUACAGAGCUGCCAUGCUUUCAUGACUUAUACUUCAGCAAGUAAAUGUUAUUUAAGUUCA